UAAAUCUGACACUCGGGAGAAUGGUGUGAAACUAACAAUUUUCUUCUCUACUUCCCGUUUCUGUUGUGUAAAUGUUACCUCAAGGGAGCCACAAAACAGAUGUCAUUUUUUAAAAAAAUUUGGGGUAUGAAUGAUAAAGAAGGUAGUGCAGAGAAUACAGUAAAUUACAAUGGAUGUGAAGUGGAUUAUCAUUCAGGGGCGAACAUUCCUUCCAACCACAACAAGUCGAUAGAUGACCUAUUAAAACAGUUUCAGGGUCAGAGAGUAAGUUAUCGGAAUUUGCCGUUGAUGAUUGAGAGACUAACUGAUAACAAUGAGUUACAGAUGGAACUUAUUAAUAAACUUGUACAGGAACGUAGAGAAUUGGUUAUUCAGAAUAAGAGACUGUCGGAAGAUAAGAUACGGUUUAUUGGAAAAAUUGAGACCCAGUCUAAAGAAAUUGGUGGACUGAAAAAUGAAGUUCUAAAUUUGAAACGAUCAUUAAAUACACAAAGCUUUAUCAGGUAUCCUACCUCUCCAAGGAAACAAAAAUAUGUGGAAGUCCCAAAGAAAAGACCACAGGUCCAUGUGUAUUUCUUCAGUCCACAGAGAGACCAGAUUCCACCUAUUUCUGACAUUACGAGUCGUCUGGCAGAGUCUCUGUCCCAGCAGGAUAUCGAGUUAGUGACCGACAUUAUUAGCGAAACUCCUGUGUCGGACGACGCCCGGCCAGCCAUCCUUCUGUGUAUUAACGUGUCGCGGGUGGGAACAGACGUCGCAAAUGCACUGAAAGAUAUGAAAGCUGAUUACAAUGUAGCUGUGGUUGUUCUGCAUCACAAGGAUAUCCAUGUGUUACCCAAGCUGUCCAGCGUGAAGAGUUUGACCGGCCAGGAGUUCCAGAAUCUUGGAACCAUUGUGGACAUGGCCUUCUGGAAGGAGAAAGGCCUGCACCAGUGUGACAUGAACCAGCAGGCCAUACAGAAGCUGUCCGACUUCCUCAAGAUGUUCAUACUGCCGGGCAAAUGAAGUAGUAUACUGUCAAUUGUAAGGGCAGAUGAAGCAAUAGACCGUCAGUUGUAACAGCAGACUGUCAACUGAAGCAGUAGACCGCCAAUUGUAACAGCAGACUGUCAAAUGAAGCAGUAGACCGUCAGUUGUAACAGCAGACUGUCAAAUGAAGCAGUAGACUGUGAGUAGACCGCCAAUUGUAACGGCAGACUGUCAUCUGAAGCAGUAGACAGCCAAUUGUAACGGCAGACUGUCAACUGAAGCAGUAGACCGUCAGUUGUAACGGCAGACUGUCAACUGAAGCAGUAGACCGUCAGUUGUAACGGCAGACUGUCAACUGAAGCAGUAGACCGUCAGUUGUAACGGCAGACUGUCAACUGAAGCAGUAGACCGCCAGUUGUAACGGCAGACUGUCAUCUGAAGCAGUAGACCGCCAAUUGUAACGGCAGACUGUCAUCUGAAGCAGUAGACCGCCAAUUGUAACGGCAGACUGUCAACUGAAGCAGUAGACCGCCAAUUGUAACGGCAGACUGUCAACUGAAGCAGUAGACCGUCAGUAGACUGUCAGCCGUAGACCGUCAAUUGUAACAGUAGACUGUUAACUGAAGCAGUAGACUGUCAGUUGUAACAGUAGACUGUCAACUGAAUCAGUAGACUGUCAGUUGUAACAGUAGACAGUCAACUGAAGCAGUAGACCGUCGACUGAAUCAGUAGACCGUCAAUGAAUCAGUAGACCAUCAGUUGAAAUAGUAGACUGUCAACUGAAGCAGUAGACCAUCAAUUGAAACAGUAGACUGUUGCUGUUGCUGUAACCUGUGAUGUUUGAUAAAUAUGGGUGGGCUCAUUUGAGCUAAUUGGAAUUUAUUUGGAAUAUACCAACACUAAUAAUUCUAUAAUUCCUGAAGGAAAAACACAUUAUGUGUUUCUCCUGUAAUGCAACUAACAGAUGGUUUAUUUAUUUAAUAUAAUAAUAAUAAUAUGCACCUGGCGAAGUCUCACCCUGUUGAAGUGUAUCAGAAUAAAGGGUAUUCAUUUAACUUGUGUCGGUGUGUAUGUAACAUAUAUUUAGCAACAACCAAGAUGGCAGUAAACAUACUGGAUGAUUUUACUGUCUCGUAUUGAUUUUAUUCCACCAUAAAAUAUUGCAAUUAACCAGUAGUUUAAUAAAAUCUACCCUCAUCUUUUGUAUUCAGUUUUUCAAAAAAAGGCUCUUGAAUCGUCAUAUUUUUAACUGUUAAAGAAACCCACACAAAUGCCUCCGAUCAUUUUACUUUAUUUUGACAAUUUGUUUUUGACAUUUGUUUUUAUUCUUCCUGCAUCACUUCUAAUUUGGGAACCAUUCAAAUUUUAUUCUGUUUUUUUUGCACUUCUGGAUUUUUCAAAUGAGUUCACCCUAUAUUUCUUCUUGUGCCAUUUUGUGUAUAUGGAAUUCUAUCUUUUUAUGUUGUUGUUUAUAAUAAACUGGAUCAAAACUACAGUAUGAAAACAUUGAUGUUCCACAUGUCCGAAUAUUGGUGCAGUAUGUUUUUCUUAAAUUUUCUUUUUUUGGGGUGUGUGUGAGAUGUGAGGAGGUAAUAAUAAAAUUGUGUAUAGUCUGUCUGAAUCUUGGUAUCUGUAGUACCUAAUGUGAAAUGUUUGAAGCAGAGCAAUAUGAGGUGCUGUGUUUCAAUUAUAUGCCAUGAGUCCAUAUGAAUGUACAUUUAUUUUACAAGACUAACAAAUACAGACAUUAAAUUAAUAAUUUAAAGAUAAAACUAAUCGAGUGUGAUGUAACCCAGUGGUAAAGCACUCUCCUGAUGCACAGUCCGUCUAGGAUCUAUUCCUGUACGUGCUAUCGGGUCUUUGGGAUGGUGCAUAUAAAAGAAAAUGUGGCAGGUUUUCUUUCUAUGACUAUUAUGUAAAAAUUACCAAAUGUUUGACAUUCAAUAGACGAUGACUAAUAAAUUGAUGUUAUCUAUUCAUAUUGUUAAACAAAACAAAACUUAAACUUUGGUAUACCCAGUGAAGUCGAAACAAGCAUUUGGAUAUACCAAGACUCAAGCUAGUCAUAGUCUGUCAUAUUUCCAAGUAGUAACUGGCCAAUGAGUUCCAAGUACCGGCAUGCUCAAUCAUUACACCCAAUUUGUUAGUUACCUCUGAUUCUAAUCAGCCAAGGUCUUCCAAAUUAGUUUUCUGGAUUAUAGCUAUAACAGUUUUUUCUAAUUAAUCAUUCACAGAUUUUCGUUUUUGACUUACCCAAGUUAGACAAUGUCAGCAAUAUUUGUAUUUAUUAUAAAUAUUUAUCUUUGUAUAUUUUAAUGUUAAUUAUCUCAUUAAAGGAGUGAAAUAACUGAUUUGUUUUCAUCCUCCUUUUUAAGAAAGUUAUGAACAUUUAUUUAUUAGCUAUGAUUGCUUCAGUGAUUUGAUUUUCCAGCUUUUUUUCUAAUUUAGGAGUUUUUUUUACAUAAAAUAUUUUUUGUUGUUGAAACAUGACCAUUAAGAAUUGUAUAAAAAUUUUAACUUUUAAAAGAUCAUUAAUUUUCAGCUUUUAUUUUUAAAUUGGUAUCGCAUCCAUGUAACUAGUUAAUAUAUAUAGAAGAUUCCCUUUAUCGUAUGUUCACUCCCCACUGUUAUAACAUUUGCAGUUUUAGAACUGUUCCUGACUAGCAAUUGGAUAAAAUGUAAAGUAUUAUUUUCGUCCAUUUUUGUUUAUUUCACUUUACUUCAUGAUUAGCUGAUUCUGUAUAAUUAGUUAUUUCAUGCUAGUAUAAUUUUACCACAAAAACCUUAAAAAAUGUGUAUACAUAAUGUUUUUAUGUUCAUUUAAUUGGUGCAUUCUAUAUCCGUAUACAUAUAUCGUCCUGUGAUACAUAUGUACAUAUUCUCAUAUAUGCAGAUUUUGUAUGUCAUUGGUAUUUAUAAGAAGACUUGAAUAUUAGUUCAUAAUAUAUGCGAUGGUGCCUCACUAUUUGUCAGCUGGUCUUUACAGAUUUCAUCCACAUUACAUCCUCAUCUAUUGAAGCUUUGUAAGUGGCUUAGUUCCGUGCUGCUUUAUUGUAAAAGUAUAAAAUGUUAUCUUCGUUUGUUUCAGUCUGGUUAAACUUUUGUCAAUGUUGUAUAUGAAUUUUGGUAUUUCAAAUUCAGUUUCUGUAACUACAUUCCAUCUUGCCUUGAUGUAAGUUAAAUUAUAGGUGUACAGGGGGUCAGGCUGACUUUUGCCCGAAUGAAACGGAAAUUCCCAAAUCUGGAUAACAACAUUUAUUCAUAUUAGCAUUACUACCAAACAGCUACAUAGGGUUGCAAGCAAAUCACUACACAUUUUGACAUGGAUUACAAGUUAGUUUGUGGGUAGAAUUAUGGAAAUACAUGGUAAAAAGAUCUCAGGUUAGCACCUUUUGUCUGAAUAUCUUCAUAUUUUUUGCCCGAAUUUGAGGUUUUGCUCCAGCAUUAGGAUGCCCCCGUUUCGUACGCUUAUGAGUUGAAUGAUCUCUAUGUGUGAUGUUGGUGUCUCACCGUUGAUAUGUUUUUUGGGUGGAAUCUAUGACAUGACGUACCAAUGGCCAGUCUGUAGCAAACAUCACACAACUACACAUUAAUAACAUGAAUAUUACACUAAUCACAAUUUUAUAUACACUUCUUAAUAAUUUUACAUGUUUUGGAUUCAUUAUUUCUUAAUCAAGCAUUGCACCUUUUUUUUUCUUCUAAUAUUUCUAGAUGUCUAUACUCCCUGAAUAAUUUUCACAUUAAUUUUUAAGAUGUUUAAUUAACCAUUUCUCAUAUUUUAUUACAGUGAUAUAUUGUACUGUUAAGUUCUGUCCUGAUUAUCCAGCUAGAAUGUUUGAUAUAAUGUCUGAUUGUACAGUUCAUUAAUGCAUAUGUUACAGCUGAGAGUGAGUCAGACUUGCAGAGUUGCAAUAAUUAUAUGUAAUUAGAUAUAUUCAAAAUAACUAUACAGGCCUGUAGGAACGACUUUGGGAGAUGGGGGGGGGGGGGGGGGGGUCAGGUACAAACUCUAUAUCAGAUUUUGGUUAAAUGUGGUAAAAAAAAAAAGGCUCACAAGUAUUGGGGGCACAUGCCCCCCAGCCCCCCCACCUCCAGUUCCUACAAGCCUGCUAUAAACUAUUUGCUCAAUCCAUUGGGUCUAUAUAAGAAGGCAACAUACUGUUAACUGCAUUGAACAUGAAUAUACCGACUGUUGGAUUUAAAAGAUUUUGUGCUAUGGUAUUUUUAUUUAUGUAUGGUACAUUUUAAAUUUGGUUUCAGAAAGCAUACAAAGGCCAAGUACCCUGAACCAACAUUUAGAAAUCAUCUGUGAUUAGAACGUGCUAAUAUAACACUAGCAAUAAAUUAACAAAAAGUCAUCUUCCCCUUAAUUAACAAAAAGUCAUCUUUCCCUUAAUUAACAAAAAGUCAUCUUUCCCUUAAACCGUCCCUCGGUGGCGUUGUGGUUAGGCCAUCGGUCUACAGGCUGGUAGGUAAUGGGUUCGGAUCCCAGUCGAGGCAUGGGAUUUUUAAUCCAGAUACCAACUCCAAACCCUGAGUGAGUGCUCCGC